AGCUUCCCCGCGCCCACGCGCCUCCGCCCCCCCCCGGGGGCGCUCCGCGGCUCGACGCGCUCGGCUGGGCCCGCGUGGUGGUGCUGGGGCACUCGCUCGGGGCGAUGGUGGCGAUGCACCUGCUGCGGCAGGACGCCCGUGUGGUCGGAGCGCUGCUCGUGUCCCCGACGCCUGGUCUGCCGCACUGCCUCCGACAAGGCAUCUGGCCCUUCCCCGUCCGUGGCGUCCUGGCGCUGAUCGCGUGUGCACUGUCGCUCUGCGACGUCACGGACCUGGAGGCCUGCUCCCGCAGCGACCUCAACCGCGCCUGGCUGCUCCGCGGCCUCGAGCAGCGCACGCUCACAGCGGAGGCCUUGCGGCUGGCGGAGGAGAGCAGCCGGCCAGGGCCGGCGGCGGCGGCGGGCCUGGGCGUGUGGUUGCGGCGGCGCCUCGGGGACUUCGCGGCGCUGUCUGCUGGGUGGCCGCCGGAUCUUGACGCACCACGCCCGGCCCCGCGCGGGAGGUCGCCCGGUCGCCCUGGCCUGGGGCGCGGAGGACUGGCUCGUCGACGGCCGGGCCAGCCAGCUUGCCGCCCGCCCGGGGAACCGCUAUCGCGCCUCGCGUCAUCGGCACGGCUGGGACGAGCGGGCGGCCGAUUUGGUGGCCGCCGGCGGGGAGGCCAGGGUCCGGGCGCAGAGGCUGGCGGGCUGCGGCCACUUCCUGCAGUUCGCCGCGCCUGGGCGUCUCGCGCGGCUGCUCGAGGAGGUCGUGGCCGACGCCGCGCGCGAGCCAGAA